UACGUGGCUUUGAUUCUUCUCUUUUCAGGCCCGGCCUGGGACAUUCUUCACUUCUCUUCGCUUCCCCUCUGGGAGCCCCUUCCUGCACCUUGCUUCAGGCGAUGCCCGAGAGAGAGCUGUGGCCAGCGGGGCCUGGCUUGGAACCCGUGACCCGAAUUGGCAGCUGUGACAGCAUGACGAGCAGCACCUCCACCCACUCGGGAUCUAGUGACAGCAGCUACGACUUCCUGUCUGCUGAAGAGAAGGAGUGUCUGCUUUUCCUGGAAGAGACCAUUGGCUCAUUGGACACUGAGGCUGACAGUGGACUGUCCACUGCCCCUGACCAGUCUGAGCCAGCCCCAACUCCCCAAGCUUCGUGGGCACUGCAUCUAACCCAGCCUGCUCCGCAGGCACAUCCGGAGGAGACAAUCAUUUGGCAAGCAUCAGAGCCAAGGAGAGAGACUCAGUUCAGCUCAUCCCACACCUCUGAGCCCCAAGUCCUGGACUUCAGGUCUGGCUCCCAAAGCCUCCCCAGAAAUAUCCACAUUGGCAGAAACCAGAAGCCCAGGAAAAGCACCACCCAGGCUAACAACCAUAUCCCUGGAGAAUCUGAGGAGUUUGUACCAGAACCUCAGAGCAAGAGGGACAGCCAGAGCAGUGAGCCCAUUCUGGCACCCACCAGCCCCCAGAAGGCUGCCCUCGAGUUGGACGUGGUGCUCAUCCCCCCACCAGAGGCCUUCCGGGACUCCCAGCCAGAGCGGUGUGGAGAAGACAGCUUGCCCAAGAGGCCAGGGGAGCUGAGCAGCACACCCCAGCUCCACAAGUCCUUUAGUCCCCAGAAGAAAGAGGAGGCUUCCUCAGAGGCCAUGUCCCAAAAAGUCAAUGAGAAAGGCUCAGUGGGUGACCCAGGGCAAACCCGGCCUCCUCCUGCAUUGUCAUCUCAGAAUGCUAGAGCUGAAGAUGCUCCCUUCCCAUCUGGGGGGGAUCCACAUGCCCAUCUGGCACCCCUCACAGCCCCUAAGCCCCGGAAGCUGCCCCCCAAUAUUGUUCUGAAGAGCAGCCGAAGCAGUUUCCACAAUCAUCCCCAGAACUGGAGGUCCCGUCACUCUGAGGUGGCCCCUGGAGAUUCUGGUCUGGUCUCCUCUUUGCUACAGGAGCAGAAGAAAGCACGUAAAGAAGCACUGGAGAAGCUGGGGCUACCCCAGGACCAAGACGAACCAAGCUUCCAGUUAAGUAAGCCCACCAGCUCCCUUAGACUCAAAGAUCCUCCUGCCCUGGCCACUGCCCUGGCUCCAGCUCCAGCUCCGGCUCCAGCUCCAGCUCCAGCUCCAACUCCGGCUCCAGCUCCAGCUCAGGGACCUUCUCCAGUGAAAGCUCCAGCUCCAGCUCCAGCUCCAGCUCUGGCUGCAGCUCAAGGGCCCUCCCUAGGGAAGGUUUCAAUUCCUGCCCAGGACCCCUCUCCAGGGAAGGCUCCAGCUGCCAAAUCCAUGCCAAUUCCUAUCCCUAAGGCCACGAGGGCAAAGCCUGACUCAGGGCUGACCCUCCAAGAAAGCAACAUUCCUGGCCUGAGACAGAUGAACUUCAAGUCCAAAACUCUGGAACGUUCAGGUAUAGGGCUGAGCAGCUACCUCUCAGCUGAGAAAGACUCUAGCCCCCAAACCAGCUCAUCUCUGGAAAAGGGCUCCUUCAUGGACAAGAUCUCGCCUAGUGUCUUGCGUAAUUCCCGGCCACGCCCUGCCUCACUGGGCACAGGGAAGGAUUUUGCAGGUAUCCAGGUGGGCAAGCUGGCUGACCUGGAGCAGGAACAGAACUCUAAACACCUCUUCUACUCAGGACAGAGCCGUGACAAGCUGCCUCGACCCCCCUGUGUCAGUGUCAAGAUCUCCCCAAAGGGCAUCCCUGAUGAACACAGAAGGGAGGCUCUGAAGAAGCUGGGACUGCUGAAGGAGUAGGCCCUGGCCACCAGCACUCCAGGCACCCCUACCACUGCACAGGAAGAGACUCCGGGCUCCACUUAGCCUCUCCCAACUCCCAACUCUCUUCUCUGUGAGGUGAAGGACAGAGAUUCAAGUCAGGCAUGUGUUUAUAUUCAGAGAGGUAGUCCCAGUGAGUGCCCUCUUUAACUCAUCCUGAAGAUGAUUUCCACAAGAGAGGUGUGUGUGUGUGUGUGUGUGCGUGCGCGUGUGGAUGUGUGUGUAUACUGCAGCUAUAUAUUUUCCUGAACCUAUUUUUGUAACACAGGGAGUUCUUGCUCAGAAUUCUGCUCUUAUUGGAGAUUUUCUUACAUUGGUUGGACUUCGUUCUAGCCAGAAUUGAGUAGGGAGGGAUAGCUAAGCCUGAGAAGAAAAAUCAAAAUGAGGCAAUCGAUGUGUCAGUGAUGCAAAAAAAAGUAGUUAAGCAAUGAAAUGAGGGUCUCCCAGAAUCCCUGCAAUGGGCUUCUCACCUUCUGGACAGGGGCCUGGGACCCUCUCACCGUCUCUAGUACCAAGGACAAGCCAUGUCCAUGUAACUAAACCUCUUGGCUGACUGAUAGCACAGGAACGCUUGUUGGUCUGAGAAGGUAGGAAAGUGACCCCAUACGCAUGUCUCCGCCUCCACUCAGACACUCUUUGUCCAUUGGCUGGAGAAAUUCACUAAUAAAAUAUACUGUGGCGUGCCUGCUCUCUUAUUCUCUGUCUCAGCCUGCACGUGACUGACCCCUGGGCUGAGCCAACAGUGAGAUGGGAGCCCCAACCCAGAGGCUUUAUAAACACUAAAACACUGUCUCAGACCUUGCUCACCCUAUUGCAGGUGGUUUUUUUAAACGUCCCCACACCCUCUGGUGGAAAAUCAACACAACACAUUCUCUGCUGGUUGUUCAUUGACUCUUGGAGCUGGGAGGGACCUUAGAGAUGCUCCUCUCCAACCGUGUUAGAGAAGGGAAGUGACUCAUCCCAAGUGACUCAGUGGUUUAGUGACAGAGCUGAGGCUGGAACCUGGGCUCCUGAUGCCCAUGGCAUGCUUCACCUGCUGCCUCCUCUCAAUCAGUGCUUUUGUAGGUCCGCAGACAGCCCUAAGAAUCUUCAGUCGUUAUCAAAGACUCAAUCCUAAGGCCCCACCAGAGUCCUAACGUGUUUUGUGAAGAAUCAGAAAUUAAAUGUUGUUCAGGAUAAUAUUUAGUGUUAUGUUUUUCUGUUCAAUCUUUGGAAAACAACAAUAUAGUAAUAUCAUUAACCAGAACACCCCUCCCCUGCAAUUCUGUAAGAUGUGCA